AUCACAAUGCGAUGUCGUGUCGCUGUGGAAAUACGGCAAGCGUUGGGGUCUGUCAAAUUUACUUUGACUCUUCGUGGUCACUCUCCAGCUGAGAAACAAGACCCAUCCUCGUAGAGUCAGAUACUGGCCUCAAGACACCUGUGGACACACCCCUCCAACUAUCAGCUCCUGCUGCUGGAGGCUCCCAUUAAAGACAAUGUGAGGACGUGAGGAGCCCUCACCCUUGUGACGUCAUCGUAUGCGACUUCCGGUAAAGCACGAUGAGAAGCAGCAGAUGUGGUCUCCUCCUUUUCCUGUCCUCCUGUCUGCUGUGUGUUCACUGUCAUGGGGACCAUAUGCAGAGACAGCCGCCUGUGGUUGAGAGUGGUGCCACCUUAUCGAGUCACGGUCGCUUUGACAAAGCGGUGGUCCAAGAUAAAGACCACAUAAUGGAGCAUUUGGAGGGUGUCAUUGACAAACCCGAGAAAGAAAUGUCGCCCCAGGAGCUUCAGCUGCACUAUUUCAAGAUGCACGAUUACGACGGCAACAACCUGUUGGAUGGACUGGAGUUAGCUACAGCUAUUACGCAUGUCCACAGAGAGGAAAAAGGGGAAAACAGCCAGCCGAUGCGCGAGGAAGAUCUAAUGAAUCUAAUCGACGACGUUCUGAGAGACGAUGACUUAAACAAUGAUGGUUACAUAGACUACGCCGAGUUCGCCAAAUCACUGGAAUAACACAUCACCUCACACAAUGCUGUCUUUGCCCACAACACAGCAAAAUGGAACCUGCACAGCCUUCAGAGUGGCCACUUGUUUUAAACAUCAUUUUCUUUUGCAGGAAUCAGUCGAGUUUUCUUUGCCAUCUUGCAGCAAGCGAGAUCAUUCACAGCAAAACACAACAUCAAACAUUACCCUGUGGGUGACAUGUCUGCACUAUUAAUGAUUGUAAACUCCUACAAUAGUGCCUUUUAAAGGGGCCACUUCAUCCAAAUCACAUUUAUUGGUAUAUUCUCAAGCUAAAAAUGAACUGGGCCACAGCUGGAUAACAACUCAAACCAAAAGUGUAAUACUUAAAAAAAACAAAAACAAAAUGCAAAUCUGCUUGAACGUUGUAUUUGGAUGACGAUAUCUACACAUCUGAGCCAAUUACUGCGCAUCCAACUGCUACUUAUCUGGAAUGUAACACUGUGUGCAUCCAGCAUUUACUUGUCAUGAAUGUAUCAUUACAUUGUGAAUGUAUCGCAGUGCCAUUCUGUGAAAUGCUGCCUCUUUAUCACUGGAUGAGAUCAUCGAGAAGUGCGCUAGUGUGUGUACAAGCUCAUAAAACGUACUCUUACUAAGCUUACUUUGUAUUUCCAGUAAACACCUCAACAAAUUUUGGGAUGUCAGCUGCCAUUUUUGUUCAUCUGCGAUUUUUGAUAAUGUACAGUUUAUUAAAGAUGAAGUCUAUAGUACAGUUUAUUAAAGAUGAAGAUAUUAUAUAUAUAUAUAUAUGUAUGUCUAGUGUUGAUUCUUCAGUUUGUCUUGUUGAAUAAAAAUAUUUAUGAAAAUGUGAACUAUUAAAAACUAUAAUCAGCAGA